CGGCAGUGACGUCAGCCGCCCCGUGUCGAGACGGAUGUGAAAAGCUGCUGAGGCUGCUACUGGAGGGCCGGCCGGCAGCGGGGGGACACCAACAUUCUGACGCCUUUUGCCUCAUUUUCCCCGGUAUUUACACCCAAAAGUUCUGUCCCAUGACGUGGCCACUGUAAACACGAGAGGUUAAAGGCCCCCACAAGUCGCAGUCUUCAGGAUGCAGAGUUCGCUGGACGUCGAGGCGGGGGGUUCGCCCAUCAUGUUGUCGGCAGACGUCACGGAGUGGAGCACGGACGAUGUGCGACGGUGGAUGGUCGAGAAGGGCUUCCAAGAGUACACAGAAUUGCUAUGCGACAGACAUCGGCUAAACGGGGUGGCCCUGCUAUCUCUAACAGAGGAGGACUUGAGAGAGCCCCCGAUCUCUAUGCAUGUGCUGGGCGACUUGAAGCGCCUGGUGGAUGCCAUAACGCAGCUACGCCAUGACACCUUCACGUUCCGCCCCAACAUCCCCGACGGGCGCUCCAGCAGCGGAGACUCGAGCCCCACGCGCUCCGACAGCCCGCGCGACAUCUCAAAAACUCUGGAAACCCUUGUCAAAAUCAACAUGACGGACGUGGAAAAGCCGCACUUCCCCUCGGAGAAGGGCAAGACCUUUGUGGCUUUCAUCUACCUGUGUGGUAUGAUGAUGUUGAACCCAAUUUUUAUAAACAUCAUUCAUGAACGUGUUCCGGACAAGUCAGUGGAACCGCCGCUUCCAGAUGUGUUCUUUGAUUACUUUGACAGAGUCGUCUGGGCGUUCUCUGUGUGCGAAAUCGCAGGAAUGAUAAACUCAGCAAUCUUGCUAAUAGUCUGGUUUCUACACAAACACAAGUGGAUAGUACUCAGGAGGUACUGCCUGAUCGUAGGGACUCUCUACCUACUGAGGUGUAUCACCAUGUAUGUCACCACUCUGCCUGUACCAGGCAUGCACUUCCGCUGUUCUCCUAAG